CGAACCGACAAACUGACUCAAAGAGUCGACACUAAUCAAUAUGGCGACGCUCAUGCGGUGCGUGAGGAGUGUUUGUACCACCAGCAACAGGUGUGUGCGGAGACAAAUAGUGUGUGUUUCAACAGUGGAUACAGUGGGGAUAGCAUCAGAUUCCCAGAGUCAAGAAAAGGCAACGAGCAAACGAGAAAGUCAUGUCUUGUCCUCCAGACCUUCACAUGUCCACGCAGUUGAAGGUCUGCGAUAUGAAAAGGCGCAUCCUGAUGACAAGCGAGUGUUACGUUUGGUGAGCUUGGCUCGGUCCAAAAAGCUUCGUUCUCAGCAAGGGAAGAUCCUCCUGGAGGGAAGACGUCUCAUUUCUGAUGCUCUGGAUGCGGGUGCUUCACCGCUUGCCGUCUUCUUCAGCACGAAGGAAAGACUUCACAAGCUUCCUGUGAACAGACUCGCACACGCCAGCUUAGUCAAAGUCAAGCUGGAUGACGUCCAGAUCUGGCCUGAUCUCGACAUGCCGCUCGAUAUGAUUGCAAUCUUCAGACGUCCAGAUGUGUCCAAGCUCUCAUUUUCCGAGGAGAAAUACGGGAAAGCAUUGCCUUUGACGCUUAUCUGCGAUAAUCUGCGGGAUCCGGGGAACCUGGGUGCGACAUUACGCUGCGCCGCUGCUGCCGGAUGCCACAGCGUCCUGCUGAGUUCAGGUUGUGUGGACGUCUGGGAGCCGAAGGUCCUCCGUGCCGCCAUGGGCGCCCAUUUUCGCCUUCCCAUAAUCCCUAACCUGUCCUGGACCGAUCUACAGAAUCACCUUCCCUCCACUACGACCGUCCACGUAGCUGAUAACUCAAGCAACUUUCCCGUGACCAAGCCGGAACUCAUAGAAACGUCUCGUCGGCGUAAAAAACCCGGAGAAUACGGAUGGGUAAACAGCCGCCAGAUGUCCCUGAAAGAAUGCGGUGAAGAUGAGGAUGAAGAGGACAAAGCGGGUGGGUCGAAGCAGACAUACCUGGUUUUAGAGACUCAGCCGUAUCGUACGAGUUGGAUGGGUAACCACACGGCUGUUGUGAUUGGUGGAGAGACUCACGGUCUGAGCCGGGAAGCCUUACAGCUGGCAGAGGAAACGGGGGGGCGGAGAUUAUUGAUUUCCAUGGUGCGAGGAGUGGACAGUCUGAACGCUGCAAUGGCUGCCAGUGUGCUGCUGUUUGAGGGACGGAGACAACUAAGUGCUAAAUGAAGGGACACGGCUACGGUUUAUUACGCAGAAUAAAUGUAAAUUCAUCCGA